UUAAUUUUGAAAAAAGUAAAAGGAACAAAGCCAAAGAAGAAGCAGCAGGCCAGCAAGAGUCGUCUAUCUCCUUUUUCAUCUCUUCCAAUCUCUCAUCUCCAAAACUCAGAAAAAAACCAGCUUCAAUCAGUAUACGCAUUUCGUGGAUCCACCUUCAAAGUUUGAAAUUACAGUAGAAUUAGAACGUAAACCCUAUCCCUUAAUGUUAAUUUUAACAAAAAUCUACUAUUUCUGUUCAACAGUUUAGUCGGUGAUCUUCUUAAGCACUAUCUCCUAAUAUUCAAGGAAGCAAAAGUUGAGCUAGUUUGUAAUGGAUCUUCACCAAGAUUCAAAUGGAAGUGCAGACAGCCAAUCAGAUGGUUUAAUCAAUGGAAAUGGCACAUGUCUUCCUGCUGCUAAAGUGCCAGAAUUGACAAAACUUAACAGUUUAGAGAAUGCAUCUUCUCGAUCACUUUUUAAAAUUGUUCACAAGAUUCUUGAUGACACCAUUGACAACAAGAAAGAAGAUGUACCGGAUAGAGUUGCCAGUGUAUUAAAAAAGCUCAUUCAAAUGACCGAGCAACAAAUUUCAAAGCAAGCAGAAUAUUUCAAGAAGCAAAAGAAUAUAUACAAGACACGUGAGGAGAAAUACCAAUUAAAAUUUAAAGUGCUUGGAUCUCUUGUUAUUGGAGCUGCAGAAGAAAAUGAGCUCAUUAAGAACCAACUCCAGCUUAUUAAGUCUGAGAAAAAGAAGAUAGAAGACAUAAAAAAACUUGAAGAUGUAGAAUUAAUUAGGCUUAGACAAGAGAAAAAUGAGUGUAAUUUAGAGAUUUCUAAAUUAAAACAGGAAAUAGAAAUCACAAGGGAUACAUAUGAGACUCGAUAUGUACAACUUGAAAAACAUGGGAUUGAAGUUGAAUCUGAGCUGAAGAACAAGAUAACAGACCUUGAAAAUCUUCUUAUUGGAUCAAGAAAGAAGGUGAAAGAACUUGAAAAGUUCACAGAAUCCAAGUUCUUAAGAUGGAAAAAGAAAGAACGUGGCUACAAAAACUUCAUGGAUUUCCAAUCUGGAUCUUUAAAGGAAUUAAGAAUUGGUUCUGAAUCCAUUAAGCAAGAAGUUCUGAAGACACAACAGAUUUACACCGAAGAAAUUAAUCAAUUUGGAAUGAAGAUUCAAGGGCUUGUAGAUGCUGCGCAAAAUUACCAUACAGUCCUUACAGAAAACCGGAAGUUGUACAAUGAAGUACAGGAUUUGAAAGGAAAUAUUAGGGUUUAUUGUCGUAUAAGACCAUUUCUCAAGGGUCAAAGUCAAAAACAAACAACCAUAGAGUAUAUUGGCGAAAAUGGUGAAUUAAUUGUGACAAAUCCUUCAAAACAAAUCAAAGAAAGCCACCGACUCUUCAAAUUCAAUAAAGUUUUUAGCCCUUCAGCAACACAAGAGGAUGUAUUUGUUGACACUCAACCACUCAUUCGGUCGGUGUUAGAUGGAUACAAUGUAUGCAUAUUUGCAUAUGGUCAAACAGGGUCUGGGAAGACAUAUACUAUGACGGGGCCUAAUGUGUCAUCUCCAGAAGAUUGGGGAGUAAAUUAUCGAGCUUUAAAUGAUUUAUUUCAUCUCUCUCAAACAAGAAGAAGCUCAUUUGAAUACGAAAUCGGUGUUCAAAUGGUGGAAAUAUAUAAUGAACAAGUUCGUGAUCUGUUAACGAGUGACACUACUCAGAGAAGACUCGGGAUAUGGAACUCUACUCAACCGAAUGGGUUAGCAGUGCCUGAUGCCAGCAUGCACCCAGUGACAUCAACUGCAGAUGUUUUGGAAUUGAUGAAUUUAGGGUUAACAAAUCGGGCUGUGGGGGCCACCGCUUUGAACGAAAGAAGCAGCCGGUCCCACAGUGUGUUGACUGUUCAUGUUCGUGGAGUUGACUUGGAGACAAAUGGUGUCCUACGUGGCAACUUACAUCUGGUUGACCUUGCGGGAAGUGAAAGGGUUGACCGGUCAGAAGCAACAGGAGACAGACUCCGUGAAGCUCAACACAUCAACAAAUCUUUAUCCGCUUUAGGAGAUGUCAUUUUUGCCCUUGCCCAAAAAAGUCAACACGUCCCAUACAGAAACAGCAAGUUGACUCAAGUCUUACAGAGCUCGUUGGGUGGACAGGCAAAAACUCUCAUGUUUGUACAGCUGAAUCCCGAUGUGGAAUCCUUUUCAGAAACUAUCAGUACUCUCAAAUUCGCCGAGAGAGUGUCGGGUGUCGAGUUGGGUGCAGCCCGUAGUAAUAAAGACGCGAGGGGCGUUCGUGAGCUCAUGGAACAGGUGAGUAAUUUGAAAGACGCGUUGAGCAAGAAAGAUGAGGAGAUGGUGAGGUUACGGGGUGGGAAGACGACGAAUGGGACGCCGCCACGUGGCGAGUGUUUGAGUGAAAGUAGUUCCCAUAAAGAUCUGAAUGAUGAUGAUGAUGAUAUUGAGAUAUUGGGAUUAGGGGAAGAUGAUUCAGAAGAGAGAUUAAGUGAUAUUUCUGAUGGUGGACUUUCAAUGGGGACAGAGACUGAUGGCUCACUCAGUAGUAUUGUUGAGCUGACUCUUUUUCCCGGAGCUUCAAAACCGCCUGUUGAGAAGCCGAAUGUACCAGCUAAACUUCCGAGGCCCCCGCAAAAGGUGGCGGCUUCUUCUAGAAAACCGGUGCAGACAGGUUCUUCUUCAUCUUCACAACGGCUUGCAGCAGCACCUUCUAGAACAUCAUUGACCAAGGGUUUGCCACGUGUCUCAUUAAGUUCUAGUGGUAAAAAGUCAACUCCCGGAAGCUCUUCGGUCAAACCUGGUGUGAGAAGGUGAAGAUUGAUCUUCAAUGGCAUGACUGUUACGUAAGAUAGAUUAGCAUUGACUGUAUGUUAUUCAUGAACUUUGUGUUCAUGGGAAAACAAUUGUGGUUGUGAAAAUUUAAUAUAUGAAAACAGUGUUAGAGUGUUAGAUCUAGGGGUAAAGAGGUCAAGAUUUUCUUGAUCGAUUGUGGAAAGUGGAUUAUGUUAUUCAAGAUUUAGGGUUGAUGAUUA